CACGCGUAGGCGGGGCCCUUUACCCGGAAGCUUGCGGCGUUAAGUUCCAUCCAUCUGUGGUUUCGGGCAGUGGGCGACUCUAGGAGGACCUGCACCACUUGAUCACGAGCCCGUUUGCUCGCCAGAGGGUACCCGGACAGUUCUAAUUGUUGAGCAGCUCCAGUUGGGAAAAGUGUGUUUGAUGCUGCUGAAGAGGUCUCGGAUUGAAGUCAUGGCCAUUCUUUUUGCUGUUGUUGCCAGGGGAACCACUAUUCUUGCCAAACAUGCUUGGUGUGGAGGAAACUUCCUGGAGGUGACAGAGCAGAUUCUGGCUAAGAUACCUUCUGAAAAUAAUAAACUAACUUACUCACAUGGCAAUUAUUUAUUUCAUUACAUCUGCCAAGACAGGAUUGUAUAUCUUUGUAUCACUGAUGAUGAUUUUGAGCGUUCUCGAGCCUUCAGUUUUCUGAAUGAAGUAAAGAAGAGGUUCCAGACUACUUAUGGUUCAAGAGCACAGACUGCACUUCCAUAUGCCAUGAAUAGCGAGUUUUCGAGUGUUUUAGCUGCACAACUGAAACAUCACUCCGAGAAUAAGGGCCUAGACAGAGUGAUGGAGACUCAAGCACAAGUGGAUGAACUGAAAGGAAUAAUGGUCAGAAACAUAGAUUUGGUUGCUCAACGUGGAGAAAGAUUGGAAUUACUAAUAGAUAAAACAGAAAACCUUGUGGAUUCAUCUGUCACUUUCAAAACUACCAGCAGAAAUCUUGCUCGAGCCAUGUGUAUGAAGAAUAUCAAGCUCACUGUCAUCAUCAUCAUCGUUUCGAUUGUGUUCAUCUAUAUCAUUGUGUCACUUCUCUGUGGUGGGUUUACAUGGCGAACCUGUGUGAAGAAAUAAGAAAGAAAAAGUUACCAUUACCCAAGGAUAUGAGAGUGAAAGGAGAUAAAGGCAACCCAUGUGACUCAGGCUUUUCACUACUCUCAGAAAGUAUCUGCCAGAUUUUUAAUCUUUUUUCUCUUUUUCUUGUUUUAAUAGUAUUA